AUGUCUUCCUCAAAGCUCUUUACCAUUAUUCUCUUCUCCCUUACCUUAUCUCUCAUCCUCCAAACAUCUUCUGGAGCCAAUCCUCUCUUCCGUUUCUGCUCAAGCUCAGAGUACUUCUCACAAAACAGUCCCUAUGAGUCAUACUUGAAAAGGCUUAGCAACUCACUUAUCUACAGCACUCCUCAAACAGGUUUUAGUGUUAGCAUAGCUGGUAAAUACCGAAACCAACAUGGAGUAUAUGGACUUGCUAAUGGUGUAUAUGGACUCGCUCUUUGCAGGGGUGAUGUGUCUAACAAUGUGUCAACCUUAGAUUGCAAAACUUGUGUUUCUGAGGCUACCAAAGAAAUUCGCAGUCUCUGCCCUUACAACAAAGGUGCCAUCAUAUGGUAUGAUUACUGCAUGUUUAAGUACUUGGAUACAAAAUUCUUUGGUUAUAUUGACAAAAUAAACACGUACUGCUAUACGGGGAUCGGGAAUAGUGGAAGUGACCCUGCCACUUUUUACUACAAGACAAAAAAGUUCUUGAACCAGCUUGCUGAGAAAGCUUCUGUGAACCCUAAAUUGUAUGCAACCGGAGAGCUAAAGAUUGAAGAAUCAGAAAAACUUUAUGGGUUGACUCAAUGCACUAAAGACCUUUCUCGCAGUGAUUGCAAAAAGUGUCUUGAUGAUAUAAUUAACCCAAUUCCAAAUUGUUGGGAGGGGGCUAAAGGAGGCAGAAUUUUGGGUGGAAGCUGCAACUUUCGAUAUGAGACAUACCCAUUUUUCAAAGAGUAA